AUGGUCCGAGUUUCCUCCGGAAACGGUGCUGGUUCGGCCUCACCAAAGCGGCUCUCAGCUACCUUCCUCAUCACCAUCUCAUCUCUCAUGGCUCUCUGCGCCAAGCACGCCAGUCGUGUCUCAAGUAAGCUCAAAGCCAAACCGUUUAGUACAAAAAUAUACAAAGACAGACGUAGCAACACUUUUUCAUCGGUUCCUCCAAGUCCGGGCCCGAGUCCGAAAUCACCGCUAAGGAGCCAACCGAAGCAGCUCGUGACGACGAUAAGUAACAAGGCGAUCAACUUAAUGCACAAGAAAAAAGUGAUUGAUGAGAAAGACGAGGAUACGAAUUUCCACGAGGAUACGAUUUUCCGCGAGGAGGAGUUUGGGGACGGUGGGGUCUGGCAGCGAGACAUUUUAAUGGGAGAUAAAUGUCAGCCGUUGGAUUUCCCGGGUGUAAUUUAUUAUGAUAGUAGGGGGAAGCAGCUGAGCGAGGUGCCUCUGAGAUCGCCACGUGCGAGUCCUUUGCCGGGCUAUCUUGCUCGAAGACAAGAGGCUGGAUUCUCCGCCACGGGGUAA